AUGUCGGCACAUAACACUGUUUAUCGUGAUCCUUAUCGCGAUUGGGACGAGCCUCGUUCUUCCUCCUACUCGGUCAAGCGUUACGUCAUUCCACCAGAGGAGGAUCGCAACCUGGUUGUGCGACGACCCCGUGAUUGGGACGAACGCUCUACUUCUGGAAUGGAAGAUGAGUUAGACCCGCGAAUCUACGGUGACCUCCGACAUGAUGAUCCCUACGAACGUGAGUACAAUCGCUACACCCGGUUUGAAGACAGCCUCCCCUCGCCCGACUACCCCCCUGCUCCCAUUAUCAUUUGCGAAGGCCAGCCAAUAAUAAUCAAUGAAGCUCGAUCAGUUUACGCCAGUCCACGCACCUCUGGAUACGACGUUGCCCCGCGAUCUGGGUAUGAUCGGGAUCCUGGAUACUAUUACUACCGCCGUGUUCGCGAGUAUGACGAUGACCGUCGUUCUCGCCACGAGCUCAGUCCUGCAGAUUCCCUGUCUCAGCGACCCCGCCGUCGUGAUGACCGAGACUACAGUGACUAUAGCCGGGCUACGUCUCGUGCUUCGUCUCGUGAACGUGACGAACACCCUCAUCACAGGCGUCAUAUGGCCGAGGGCGCCGUUGUUGGUGUCGCCGCAGCAGAAAUGCUUCGCAGCCGAAGCAAGAGGCACGGGGACGAUGUGUCGAGUGGUGCUGGUCGCGUCGGCCGAGACGUCGGCGCUGGUGCCCUAGGUGCCGUCGCCGUCGAAGCCGGGUCGCGGGCUAGAGACUACUACCGUAGUAAGAGCCGGCAUCGCUCCCGUUCUCGUGCUCGCGACGAUGAUGAUCGAAGCUCCCGGAGAUCUCAUCAUAGUCACCAUCAUCACCGCCGUCGCUGCCACCACCACCAUCGUCACAGCCACUCGCACGGCAGUCGCAGCCAUGCCCGUUCUCGCUCUCGCACAAAGACCCUUACCGGUCUGGGACUUGGCGCUGCUGCUCUUGCUGCUGGUGUGGCUUUGGCCAAUAAAAACAAUAACUCAAACGACGACCGUCGCAGCCGCUCACGCCAUCGUCGCUCAUCUCGCUCGCGCGCCCCGAGUGAGAGUGAUGACCACCAUCGCAGUGAAUCCCAGAGACGCAAGCACAUGGCAGGUGCCGGCUUGGCAGGUGCCGCGGCCGCUGGUCUCAUAGACAGACAUCACAGUCGUUCGCGUUCUCGGAAGGGCGACCGCUCCCGUUCUCGCAGCAAAGUGCGGAAAGCACUCCCUAUUGUGGCGGGUGGCUUGGGUACCGCUGCCGCUACUGGACUCUAUGAGAAGAAUAAGGAGAAGCGGGACAGAUCCAAGCACAGGGGAAGACGGAGGUCGUCGUCCCGUGACAGGUCCCCGUCAGACGUGUACCCUGAUCCCUCAAGGGAUUCGGCUAAUCUGAUCGAGUACGGCGAUCACCCUGUUCACGGCAGCAUCCCACCAGCCGAUUAUUAUGGUCGUCGCACUCCUUCUCCGGGCUAUUACUCUGAUGCUUCGGACCCUGUCGCACGUGGUGCCGCCGGGUUUAGCCCCAGCCCUCCAAGAAACCGCAGUUACAGCCGCAGCCGCAGCCGGGGCGGUAGAUACAGUGACGAUAGCUACUCCGACUCAGAGCCUAGCCGAAGCAGGUCAAGACCUCGCCCUGCUCCCAAGGAACCAGACGCGGAGAGAGAACGACUUCGCUUCGAAGAUGAGGUUCACGAUGAUCCUUAUGCAUCCCAUGACCCAUACGACGGGCCUCAAAACUACAUGCCCUACCCGCCUUCUCCUCCGCCUGCCCCCAAGCCGAUUGACAACCAAUACCACCCCAACCCCAAUUACUAUCCACCACCUCCAGGGCCUGGUCCUCAAUAUGGGGCAGACCCACGAUACCCUCCCGCUGAUUACUCCGCCCCGCCUCCGCCUGGUGCGCCUCCACGUCACUAUCCCCCUCCUCCAGGACCGGGUCCUUAUGGCGCUCCACCUCGGAAGCCAGAGCAUGUGAGUACGGCACGAAGCUAUAGCCCCCACAAAGCCCGAUAUGCGUCCAAUGGUGGGUCCAUGGACGGUGGCCGUGAUGUGAAAGAUAGUGUCGCUGACAGUUGA